CGGAAGUUAUUGACUUUUCUCCCAAAACGCGUUCCAUUGAAAUUUUUCUUUGGAAAUGGCAAACAGGACAGUCAAAGAUGCCAACAGUAUACAUGGCACAAAUCCUCAGUAUCUUGUGGAAAAGAUUAUACGAACCCGUAUCUAUGAGUCUAAAUACUGGAAAGAGGAAUGUUUUGGACUUACGGCCGAGCUUGUUGUCGACAAGGCCAUGGAGUUGAAGUAUAUUGGUGGGGUAUAUGGUGGAAACAUCAAACCUGCUCCAUUCCUGUGCUUGACUCUCAAGAUGUUACAGAUCCAACCAGAGAAAGAUAUCAUCGUUGAGUUUAUUAAGAAUGAAGAUUUCAAGUAUGUUCGUCUGCUUGGUGCAUUGUACAUGCGCUUGACUGGCACCUCGGUUGAUUGCUAUAAAUACUUGGAGCCAUUAUACAAUGACUAUAGAAAAGUCAAAAUGCAGAACAGAAAUGGAGAGUUUGAACUGAUGCAUGUGGAUGAAUUUAUUGAUGAGCUGUUGCAUGCUGAGAGGGUCUGUGAUGUGAUCCUCCCUCGGCUUCAGAAAAGGCAGGUCUUGGAAGAGGCUGAACUGCUUGAUACACGGAUAUCUGCCCUGGAGGAAGAUCUGGAUGAAGUCGAGAGCAGUGAAGAGGAGGAUGAGGAAGAAGAAAAGCCCGAGAGAGUGCAGACUCCUGAACCACACAGACGGGGUUACCGUGACAACGAUCGGCCACGCCGCUCACCAUCUCCUCGCUACAGACGCAGCCGUUCACCCAGAAGGAGGAGCAGAUCUCCAAAACGACGGAGUCCUUCCCCGAGACGUGAUCGGGAACGUGAGCGUGAACGCCACCGCAGCAAAAGCCCACGGCGUCAUCGCAGUCGCUCCAGAGAGAGACGUCACCGCUCCAAAUCCCCAGGACAUCACAGGAGUCACCGGCAUCGCAGUCACUCAAAAUCUCCAGAAAGCAGAUCAAAGAGGAGUCACAAGAAGAGUAGAAGAGAUUGAUUUGUUUUUAUUUUUCCACCAAAACAAACUCAAAUUCUGGCUUUUUCUGCUUUUCAAUAUCAAAAUGUUAAAGUCUUCAGUUGUACAGUUUUUACCUGGAGAUAGUCUUGUUUGUUAUCUGUCCCAAAUCAUUUUGAAAUACAGUGUUUCGGAAGUAACACAUCACAUGCACAUUCAAAAAAGCCACCAAAUUUGGAAGACUAUAAAGAUUUGUACUUUUUUCUUUUUAAGGGGGAUUUUUUUUCUUGUUGGCUAUAAUGUGUGUGUGUGGGGGGAGGGGGAUGUUUUUUUUUAAUUGCCAUAUUGGAAAAAAAUGUUGUGGGCUCAUGCACAUUUCUAUCUGGAAGACAAACAUAAUUUAUACAUGCAUAUGUAGUAUGAUCGAUUAUCAGUCAGUGCUCAAACAAUAAAUCCAUUUAGAAGUUCAA